CUUUAAUACUAUGACUCACCAAGUUUGCUAUGAGAUGAAGAGCAUGCGUCUUCUGCAGUUUAUUUUCACUGUUUCAUCUCUAACUCUGUCAAAUGCACAAGAUGUGUUCUUGUCAGGGACCUCCUGCUUCAGAUCCAGUGAAACUAAGGAGGGACAGACUCACGUCAUGUUUUUGCGGGAGGAGCUGCGUGGAAUCCACUCCUUGUAUCUCACCCUGUGGUCUGCAGAAAAGCAACUUGUUACAUGUGAAGUGAAAAGUAAUCCAACUGUUACAGAAAGUUACUACCGCACACUUUGUGAGAGAAGUGGCUCUCAAGGUCAAGAGGUCACCCGAAGCUUUAAUAUCAGCAUGCUGCUGGCACCAGACGGACCCUGUGCACCAGAAUCUUCUCCUGUGCUGAAGACUAUCAGCCACCUGAGCAGUGAUGGGACAGAGAGAAAAACUCGGACUAAACGCACAAUAUUUCCAGGAACACUUUGGUGCGGCAAUGGCCACAGGGCCAGGACAUAUGAACAGUUAGGAAUGUUUGAGAAUACGGACAAAUGCUGCCGUGAGCAUGACCACUGCAAGCACAUAAUCUCCGCCUUCUCUGUGAAAUACGGAGUCCUCAAUCCAAACUUCUUCACAAUCUCACACUGCGACUGUGAUGAAAGGUUCCGAGAGUGCCUUCUUGGUGUCAAUGAUGCCAUCUCCAACAUGGUGGGCUACAGCUUCUUCAACAUCAUCAAGGCUCCCUGCUUUGAGCUCACACAGCAGAAGCGCUGCACACAGAUGGACUGGCAGGGGAUGUGCCAGAUAUCCAAAGAGGCACCACAUGCCAUCUUCAAACACCUCGGGGCUUACCACACACCUCACACAGUAAGCAAGUACAAGGACAAGAAGGACAGCAUCAAUUCAGAGAGCAACAAGGACCCCCGUGUAACAGAAGCUCCGACAGUCAGCCCAACACAGUCAACCAAAAGCCCACGUCGAUGCAGCACCAGAGAUGGACCCAGAGGAGACACUUUCUACCCAAAAAAGGCAAAGGGGAAAGGAUGCAAAACAGGCAGGAAAGCUCAAAAAGCUCCAAAACCAGCGAAUACCACGACUCCAGAAUUACAGCCAAAUACAACAUUGAUGCACAGGAUGCCAACGUUUUCAUUAGAAAAGAACACAUCUAUGUUAAACACACUGAAAAACCUCACACCAAUGUCAAAUAAGAAAAGACUGGAGAAAAAGAAGGAUAUAAGAAAGGGCCUGUCAGCUCAUCCCACUGUGAAAAGCCAAAACCAGUCGCAGCGAUUCACAAAACCAUUUCCACAAAUAGCACCUACAACACAAAGCAUCACAACGUCACCACAGCGAUCAGCAGGCUACAGACACCGACCCACAACCAGCACAGCAGUGCCCAAAACCACAAAAAGUCACCAAACAAAAGCUCCAAAGCAGAAUCGCUGCUGUGAACCUGCCGUAAGAGGGAAUGUAUUCCGGCGACAUUGUAACAGCUGUCUGGAAAACACAACAACAAACACACCGCCCAUAGCUACACAUUCAUUACACAUAAAGGGAACAGCAGCUCAGUCUUUGAGUCUCAGUAUGACAACAGAACGGCCCAAAUACAAGCCUUUGAAGAAACUCUCGACUCCAGCAGCUUCUGCGAUGCCUGUCAUCGCUCAGCGAAACACAGGACUUUUAAUGAAAGCACCAGCAACUCAUCUAAAAGAUGGAAAGACAACAAAGGAGACAGAUUCACAUCUACUACAGAAUCCCACAAGCCAGGAACCAAAAAUAAACCACCAAAGCAGAGCCCGCUGCUCUGACUCCAUGAAAAGCCGGAAUCAAACACAUAAUGCUCCACGUAACAUGACAGGUCCUGCCAACAACCAUCACCUGUGUGGAAGCCUAAAAUAUUUGGAUGACUGCCAAUACAAAAUUCGCCCUUUGGAGAUGAAGUACAAGUUAAAGAACAUGGAAUCAAAGCCAGUCUACCACUGUGACUGCACCAGCCGCUUGGCUCACCAGAUUGAAAGCUUCGAGCGACCCGGUAUUGUCGCAACGCUCCUGAAAGAUUUCGUCUCCCAGUACUGCUUCAGACUCCCAGAGGAGAAAAACUGCGAGGACAGGAAAAGGUGUCUUGGAGGCAUUGCUAAAGCUUCUGACCUACUUCAAGCACUUAAGAAGAAGGAGCAAAAAGAGACCACUGGAGCACAAAAUUCCACCAAUAGAAGAAAAAGAGGAACUCCUAUUCGACUUUAUAAGCGAUGCCUGAGAUUUGUUGCUGCAGGGGAGAGAUGCUGACAUCUUUCAGUACAGCUGGUGAUACAACAGACUCAGGAAAUGGUUCACAAUUCAUGAAGCAAUAUGUCUAACUUUAUGAUGGUGAAAAAACAGCAACAUAGUAGUGAAGAACACGAGCACUUGAACAUAUAAGACACUUAAUUAUUCAUUCCUUAUUUCCAUAACCGUGUUGAAAGUGCAGCUGUCACCUUUGUGCUCUGGAAGGUGAUCAGUGCGUCAGCUUAUGCCAAGAUGUCACUGAAUGAGAAUCUGAAUACAUUUAAGCUAAAUGGGUUUGUACCAUCAGAAGUGUUCACUGCCCCCCCCCAAAAGAAAUUGAGAAACCCCACAUUAAUAUAACAACUAGCGCAUUGCCCGUGGGGAUCCACAGGCUCUAGAUUGGGUAGUGUUGAUAAAAUAGGUAGCUGACUUUUUUUUUUUUUAA